AGCCCCGCAGGGAAGGACGCCUCGCGGCGCGGCGUCCCGGGCCCCUCGCCCUGCCGCCCCCCGCCCCGGCCCGCUCCUAGCCCCACCGUUUAAACGCGUGGACAGCGCGCCCCGCGCCCCAGCCCGGCCCCAGCCGCCAGCGCCCAGGUAGCGCCGCCCCGCCCAGGCCGGGCCCGGGGGCGCGGGGGGCGGGAUGCGGCGCCCGGGGCAGCGAUGACCGCGGCGCGCUACCCGCGGGCCCGGCCCUGACCCUGCUGCCUGCGGCGCACCCGCACGCCGACCCCUGUCGAGCGUCUACGCGCCUCGCUUCCUUUGCCUGGAGCUCAGCGCCGAGGGGGGCUGGACCCAGGCUCUGCGGCCGCGACCUGGGUCUUGCCGGACUGAGCCCUGAGCCGCGUCCACUCCAGCUCCCUGUGACCGCGCCCCUACUCCAGGUUCGACUGGCGAGAUGACGGGGAGCCCGGCGCUGCUGCUGCUGCUACUGCCGCCGUUGCUACUGGGGGCCCUCCCGUCGGCUGAGGCGGCGCGAGGACCCCCAAGAAUGGCAGACAAGGUGGUCCCACGGCAGGUGGCCCGCCUGGGCCGCACUGUUCGGCUGCAGUGCCCAGUGGAGGGGGACCCACCACCCUUGACCAUGUGGACCAAAGAUGGCCGCACAAUCCACAGUGGCUGGAGUCGCUUCCGUGUGCUGCCCCAGGGGCUGAAGGUGAAGGAGGUGGAGGCCGAGGAUGCGGGUGUUUAUGUGUGCAAGGCCACCAACGGCUUUGGCAGUCUCAGUGUCAACUACACUCUCAUCAUUAUGGAUGAUAUCAGUCCAAGGAAGGAGAGCCCUGGGCCAGGUGGCUCUUCUGGAGGCCAGGAGGAUCCAGCCAGCCAGCAGUGGGCACGGCCUCGCUUCACGCAGCCCUCCAAGAUGAGGCGCCGAGUGAUUGCACGGCCUGUAGGUAGUUCUGUGCGGCUCAAGUGUGUGGCCAGUGGGCACCCACGGCCAGACAUCAUGUGGAUGAAGGAUGACCAGACCUUGACACGCCCAGAGGCCAGUGAACACAGGAAGAAGAAGUGGACUCUGAGCUUGAAGAACCUGAGGCCUGAAGACAGUGGCAAGUACACGUGCCGUGUCUCCAACCGGGCAGGUACCAUCAACGCCACCUACAAAGUGGAUGUGAUCCAGCGGACCCGCUCCAAACCUGUGCUCACAGGGACGCACCCUGUGAACACGACAGUGGACUUUGGUGGGACAACAUCUUUCCAGUGCAAAGUUCGCAGUGACGUGAAGCCUGUGAUCCAGUGGCUGAAGCGGGUGGAGUACGGCUCUGAGGGCCGCCACAACUCCACUAUUGAUGUAGGUGGCCAGAAGUUUGUGGUGUUGCCCACCGGUGACGUGUGGUCACGGCCUGAUGGCUCCUACCUCAACAAACUGCUCAUUUCUCGGGCCCGCCAGGAUGAUGCUGGCAUGUACAUCUGCCUGGGUGCGAACACAAUGGGCUACAGCUUCCGUAGCGCCUUCCUCACUGUGUUACCAGACCCCAAACCUCCAGGGCCUCCUGUGGCUCCUUCAUCCUCAACCACAAGCCUGCCUUGGCCUGUGGUGAUCGGUAUCCCGGCUGGUGCUGUUUUUAUCCUGGGUACUGUGCUGCUCUGGCUUUGCCAGGCCAAGAAGAAGCCAUGUGCCCCUGCAUCUACGCUCCCUCUGCCUGGGCAUCGUCCCCCAGGGAUGUCCCGAGACCGCAGUGGGGACAAAGACUUGUCCUCGUUAGCUGUGGGCCUGUGUGAGGAACAUGGAUCCACCGUGGCUCCCCAGCACAUCUUGGCCUCUGGCUCAACUGCCGGCCCCAAGCUGUACCCCAAGCUGUACACAGAUGUGCACACACAUACGCACACACACACAUGUCACACACUCUCUCAUGUGGAGGGCAGGGUUCACCAGCACCAGCAUGUCCACUAUCAAUGCUAAAUGCAGCAAAUCUCCAAGCAUUGUGCCCUGAGGUAGGCAUAUGGGGGCCAAGGCAACAGGUUGGGAGGAUUGAAAGCAAUGGAGGAAGAGUAUCGUAGGACCCUGUAUUUGGCACUCAUGAAUUU